GCCAUGACGCAGAGAACCCGGAAGACGUGUGUUUGCUGUCAAUGCCAACGACAGAGAGGAGAUACUGAGAGCUAAAAUAAAAACCCCGCAUUUAAGACAAGAUGGCAGGACUGCCCCGCAGGAUCCUUAAGGAAACUCAGCGUUUGCUUGCAGAGCCUGUCCCAGGCAUCAAGGCAGAGCCAGACGAAGGAAACGCCCGCUACUUCCAUGUGGUCAUUGCCGGACCUCAGGAUUCACCUUUUGAGGGCGGCACGUUUAGACUUGAGCUGUUUUUACCAGAAGAAUAUCCCAUGGCAGCCCCUAAAGUACGCUUCAUGACCAAAAUAUAUCAUCCCAAUGUAGACAAGCUGGGAAGAAUAUGUCUAGACAUUUUGAAAGAUAAAUGGUCGCCAGCUCUGCAGAUCCGCACAGUGCUGCUAUCAAUCCAGGCGUUACUAAGCGCACCCAACCCUGAUGAUCCCCUAGCAAAUGAUGUUGCCGAGAAGUGGAAGACCAGUGAAGCUGAAGCCAUAGAAACAGCCAAGACAUGGACCAGGCUUUAUGCUGGAAACAAGAAUGAAGUGUAGAGCAGCCCAACAAGUGAAGAUACAAGUAAAAAUCAACUCCUCAUGUUCUGCCAAGACCUCUUCCUACAUCAUUUGCAUUUAAAGGACACAGUCUUAAAUAUAUAUACAUAUAUAUUAUAAAAUAAACAUGAAUAUAUUGUAAAGGAAAAAAAAAACAACUGCUGACAAUUGGUGAUUUAAAUGCACACUAGUAACGAAAUGAAUUGUCUUUGUCCUAACUCACUACUGUUCAAAUGCAUGGGCAGAGGUUUUAGAUCUACUCACCUGGCUUUCUUUGUCCAUGAUUUUGGGAAGCUUUUGCCAACUGCUGCUUUAACGAGCACAUUUCGGGAGGGGUGGGGGGGUUGGGGGGUCUUAUGUCCCACAUUUUUUGGGGGGGGGGGUGUUGGAGGUCCUGGAGGUUCUGGAGCAGUGAAAUGGGUAGGGAGGAGAGAAAGGCUAGAUGUGGUCAAUAUAGUAUACUUUUUACAUUUCUUUUAACUUUGUUUUCUCGUGUCGCUGUUUGUUUAUUAAAAGCAGCUAACUACUACUAGCCCACUGUAUGUAGACACUCACCUGGAGGUCACUCGUGCUGUGUAGAUGGCCCAGAGGGAUGCAUAAACUAGCCCUGCUUCUUCAUCAAGUCACAUCUGGCUGCAUUGAAUACAAAAUAAAAAGACUGAAAACCAAACUGAGCCUGCCAUUGUCACAUUAACGUUUUCAACCGCUCUCAGUGUAAAACGUAGGCUUGUGGAUGCCGUUGGAGAGUGUUGAGUGUAGGGUGGACAUUGUGGACCUUUAGUUUUAGCAUGUAUGUUUUAUUACCAUAUCCAGUCUUUUCUAUGUGAAUCUUUCUCGCUCUUACUAACUACUAUGCGUUUUCUCCGUACGCCCUCACAGUCUAACGCUAGCAGACUCAGUGGUUUACUUCUUCCAAUGGCAUUUAUUUCACAAAGCAGUGGUUACAUUUGAGUUGUCAGUUGUUUGAUGGUGAGAGUUGUGGCGACUGGCGGAGGUGAGCGGGAUUAAAAUUUGAAAAGAUGGACGAAGGCUUUGACUCUCAGCUCUUGUGAUUGGUAUUUUGCUGAAAAGUGUGUAUUCAAUUCACUGUUUGUAAAUUCAUUCUUUCUAUUAAUCUGGGGAGGAAGUUUUUUCCUGCUCUCAGAAUGCUAUGAAACAGUCCACCUGCAUACUUCUAUGUUCUGUAAAUAAAAUCUGUUGAUUAAUAAA